GCAGGCUGAGAUCCGUUGAGAGUUUCUGUUCAAGAGUGGGCUGGGAUCUUAACGACGCUGUUUGAAAGAACACGUUUAUCCUGCGCUGCGCGGCACACCCGUCGCUUUGGCAGUGAGAGCGUUUCUCAAUAUGCGCGCACCGCUUGGAGGGAGAGGACCGAGGGCAGCAGCAUCAGCAUCAGCAUCAGCACCGGGGAUGGCUCGGGCUCUAAACAGCACUUUGUGCUUUCGGAGACGGAGCCCUGAAGAAUUAGAACAAUGAAGAGAGCAGCUAAUAGGUUUGAUAAGAAGAUUAUCCAUUAACAAUUGUCUUUGAUAUCACGGUUUAGACUGAUCAUUGAGAAAGUUGAUUCUGCCACUUUCAGUAUUUCGUGACGCAAUUGUUACCCGACUGUUCGGGGCAUCAGACGGCUGCUUCUCCGGGGCACAUUUACGACUGUUUCAGCUUCUACAUUCGGAUCUGAUGAAACUCAGCUGUGUACAUUUCGUCUCCCUGUUGCGCCCUAACCAAACCCCCUAUCCAUCAGAUGUCUUUGGAGAAUAAGCGCGGUAAAAGCUUAUCGUUCAGCCCAAUGGGAAUAGAAGAGAACAGCAUGCGGAACGGGAGAGGCCUCUCGGACCAGUGGGCCGACAGCGUCGUGGUCCGGCCCAGGACCACCGAACGGCACAUCACCGUGCAUAAACGGCUGGUGCUCGGCUUCGCAAUCUCCAUCCUCACGCUCAUCAUUGUAACUGCAGUGGCCGUUCUGUUGAGCGUCCGGUUUGAAGAGUGCGCCGGAGAGAGCAGCUCGCGUGCAGGCAACGGCUCCAAUGCCAAGUUUAACCAGUCCCGGGAUGGGAAUCCCUCUCACAAAGACGAGGAAGCCCAACCGUGGCGACAUUUACGGUUGCCGACGGCUUUGCGACCCCGCCACUACGACCUGAGGCUGUCAGUGUACAUGGACAACUUUACGUUUUCCGGUGAGGUAAACAUCGAAUUUGAGUGUGUGAAUUCCACCAAGUUCAUCGUGUUACAUACGGACAGACUCGAAAUAGAGCGCGUGACUGUGUACUCGGAUAAUAAAAAACCGGGCGUCAUGAGGAUUCACCGUCAGUUUCAUUACCCGUCCAACCAACUUUACAUUGUAGCACUGCACCGGGAACUGAAGCCAAUGAGAACAUACAAAGUCAACAUCACGUUCGAGGCACAGAUUGAAAAUGAGCUCCUGGGAUUCUUCAGGAGCUCUUACGUGCUGCACGGGGAGAAAAGGUACAUGGCGGUCACCCAGUUCUCCCCCACCCAUGCCAGGAAGGCGUUCCCGUGCUUCGACGAGCCCAUCUACAAGGCCACCUUCCGGGUCAGCCUGCGCCACGACCCUGCCUACCUGUCGCUCUCCAACAUGCCCGUGGAGGCCUCAGUCGCCGACGACGACGGCUGGGUGACCAACGCGUUCUCCCGGACGCCCAGGAUGUCCACCUACUACCUGGCAUGGGCCGUGUGCAACUUCACCUACAGAGAGGCGCUGACGGACAGCGGGGUGCUGAUCCGCCUGUACGCGCGUCCAGACGCCAUUGCUAGUGGAGCAGGGGACUAUGCACUCCACAUCACCAAGAAGAUGCUGCAGUUCUACGAGGACUACUUCAAAGUCAAAUACUCCCUGCCCAAAUUAGACUUGCUGGCGGUGCCCAAACAUCCGUAUGCAGCCAUGGAGAACUGGGGCCUGAGCGUGUUUGUUGAGCAGAAGAUCCUGCUGGACCCAGAGGUCUCCUCCUUCUCCUACCAGAUGGAGCUGACCAUGGUGGUGGUGCACGAGAUCUGUCACCAGAGGCAGGGCAGUGCUGGACCAGAUUUAUCCCCCAUGGCAGGGCUGUAUAUCCUCGCUGUGCUGGCGGCCCUGAUUGGACUCUUUAUCUGCUCAUUGGAGAAGCAACGCUUCCUGACAGACGUGCUCCACGAGGUGAUGCUAUUGGACGGCCUGGCCAGCUCCCACCCCAUCUCACAGGAGGUGUUCGAGGCCACGGACAUAGAUCGGGUUUUCGACUGGAUUGCCUACAAAAAGGGGGCAGCACUGAUCAGGAUGCUUGCUAACGUCAUGGGCCAACAGGUGUUCCAGAAAGGACUCAACGAUUACCUGAUGACGCACAUGUAUGGAAAUGCUGCCAGGGACGACCUCUGGAACAAGCUCUCUGAGGCCAUGAAGACGGAGGGGAAAUACAUUAACAUCAAGGAGGUGAUGGACCUCUGGACGCUGCAGAUGGGCUACCCUGUGGUCACCAUCAGCAAGAACGACAGCACGGAGCGCACGGUCACGGUCACACAAGAACACUUCAUCUACGACGCCGACAUCAGGAUACGAGACCCGGACCUAUUGAACAAGAGUUUCCUGUGGCAGAUUCCUCUAACGUUAGCAGUGGGGAACAGUACUCACAUCUCCUCUGAAGCGAUCAUCUGGGUGUCCAAUAAAACAGAGACCCACAGAGUGGGACGUAUGGAGGAAGACACGUGGUUGCUAGGCAACAUCAACCAGACUGGCUACUUCAGAGUCAACUACGACCUCCACAACUGGAUGUUGCUGAUUGGCCAGUUGAUGACCAACCCAGAGAUGAUCUCUGUGGGCAACAGGGCGGGACUUAUUGAUGACGUAUUCAACCUGGCCAGGGCAGGGUAUCUACCCCAGAACGUGCCCCUUCAGAUGAUCUGCUAUCUGCCCCAAGAGAGGGAGUUCCUGCCGUGGCACGCUGCCAGCAGGGCGCUGUACCAGCUGGACAAACUGCUGGACCGCACAGAAGACUACAGCCUCUUCAGCGACUACGUUCUGAGGCAAGUGUCGGCCAGGUACCAUAAGAUGGGCUGGCCAAUCAACACUCCAGAAGGCUCCAUCCUCCAGGCCUCCUACCAGACUGAAGAGUUGCAGAGAGAGGUGAUCAUGCUGGCCUGCAGUUUUGGGAACAAACACUGUCACCGCCAGGCGGUGGCUCUGAUCUCUGAUUGGAUCUCCAGCAACAAGAACAGGAUCCCCCCUAACGUGAGGGACAUAGUGUACUGCACCGGCGUCUCUCAUGACGAGGACGUGUGGGAGUUCAUCUGGAUGAAGUUCCACUCCUCCACCGCCAUCUCCGAGAAGAAGGUGCUAUUGGAGGCUCUCACCUGCAGCGACAACGCCUUCCUGCUCAACAGGUACUGUUUGAACCUGUCUCUGAGUUCAGACCUGGUUCCAGACCAGGAUGUCAUUGAUGUGGUCAUCCACGUAGGCGGAACCCCCGGUCGACACCUGGCCUGGCGCUACUUCAGAGACAAGUGGGAAAUCCUCAACGCACGGUAUGGGGAGGCCUUGUUUAUGAACUCCAAACUCAUCAGUGGAGUGACAGAGUUCCUCAAUACCGAGACAGAGCUUAACGAGGUAUCUGAGGAGUUCAUCCAGGCCAGCGGUGGAGGGGCAGGGCCUGCGUUUGCACGGGCGGUGGAGAUCGUGGAGGCCAACGUGAGGUGGCACAGUCUGUACGAACGCCAGUUCUACCAGUGGCUGAGGAAGUCCCCCAACGGCUAACGGCUAACCACUGACUGCUUACACCACUGGGAACACAUGGAGCACGGAUAUACCUCUCUGACAUACAACUUCAACAACCAUAGACCAUUAGUAAAGGGCGGAUGAACGUCAAGGUGCACACACGAACAAGCUAGAAAACAGUCUCAACAGAGAGAACGUGAAUACUUUCAUUUGAACUGCCAAUAAGACACCCCUUCCUUCAAAUCUGAGAAAAGAGUCACUGGUGAGAGAGAGAGAGAGAGAGAGAGACAGAGAGAGAGAGAGAGAGAGAGAGAGAGAGAGAGAGAGAGAGAGAGAGAGAGAGAGAGAGAGAGAGAGAGACAGAGAGAGAGAGAGAGAGAGAGAGAGGGAGAGAGAGAGAGAGAGAGAGAGAGAGAGAGAGAGAGAGAGAGAGAGAGA